AUGCUGCAAAACGUUCUCCGCCAGGCGGUCCGAUCGGUCGGCUCGAUCGGGACGCGCACGUUCGCCAGCUCCUCGUUCGGUACGGCCAACGGUGCCACAUCGCCCCUUACCUACCUGAGCGAGGACGAGCUGGUGAUGAAGGAAACGGUGGCCAAGAUGGCACAGGAACAGAUUGCGCCGCUGGUGAAGAAGAUGGACGAGGAGCACCAGUUCGAUCCGUCCGUGGUGCGGGCCCUGUUCGACAACGGGCUGAUGGGUAUUGAGGUGAGCGACGAGUACGGGGGCAGUGCGUGCAACUUCAUGACCACCAUGCUGGUGGUGGAGGAACUGUCCAAGGUGUGCCCGGCAACGGCCGCCUUCGUCGACAUCCACAACACGCUCGUCAACUCGCUCAUGAUCAAGCUCGGCACGGCGGAACAGAAGAGCAAGUAUCUGCCGAAGCUAAGCCAGGAGUUCAGUGGCAGCUUUGCGCUGUCCGAACCGUCCGCCGGAUCGGAUGCGUUCUCGCUGAAGACCACCGCCAAGAAGGACGGUAACCACUACGUGCUGAACGGUACGAAAAUGUGGAUCUCCAACUCCGACCUUUCCGGUGUGUUCCUGAUCAUGGCGAACGCCAACCCAUCCGCUGGAUAUCGUGGCAUUACGACCUUCAUCGUCGAGCGCGAUUACGAAGGAUUCACCGUGGGCAAGAGGGAAAGCAAGCUGGGUAUCUGUGCGUCCGGUACGUGCACGCUGCAUCUGGACAACGUACGCGUCCCGGAAGAGAAUAUUCUCGGUGAGUUCGGCAAGGGUUACCAGUAUGCGGCCGGGUUCCUGAACGAGGGACGCAUUGGUAUUGGGGCGCAAAUGAUUGGGCUGGCCCAGGGAUGCCUGGAUGCGACCAUCCCGUACCUGCUCGAGCGCAAACAGUUCGGUUCCGAUCUGUACUCGUUCCAGAGCAUGCAGCAUCAGAUCGCUACGAUCGCAACGGAAAUUGAAGCUGCCCGUCUGCUGACGUACAAUGCGGCCCGUUUGCAGGAGGCUGGCGCGCCGUUCCUGAAACAAGCGGCCAUGGCUAAGUUCUACGCGUCGGAAGUGGCGCAACGUACCACGGUCAAGUGUAUCGACUGGAUGGGUGGUGUUGGCUUUACGAAGGAUUUCCCGCAGGAGAAGUACUAUCGCGAUUGUAAGAUCGGUGCGAUCUACGAGGGUACCACCAACAUGCAGCUCAGCACGAUCGCCAAGGUCAUGAAGAAGGAGUAUCAGUCGUAA